AUGUUCACAGCUAUUGUAGUGAUGGCCAAGUUUAACAAAUCCAGUUCCCGGGGCAGUGAUAUCUGUGCGACCAAUGCUGACAAUAACAGCAACAAAAGUCACAACUCGGGAGAGUUUGAUUGGGAUGAGAGCACACAGGGAGUUAUUUUAGGUGCAUUUUUCUACGGAUACCUCUUGUUUCAAGUGCUCGGCGGACGACUGGCCGAGCUUUUCGGUGCCAAAUGGCUGUGCACUGGAGGCAUAGCCGCCUCGUUAGUAAUUAAUGCGUUGACACCACUUAUAGCAAAAUCGGGUCCUUAUUGGCUACUGUUGGCCAGUCGUGUGGUGUUGGGUAUGUUUCAAGCGUUUAUAUUUCCAGCGAGUUAUGCCCUGAUUGCCAAAUGGGCGCCCGACCACGAGCGCAGCACAUUUCUUGCAAUGCCAACAAUGGGAUCAAAUAUUGGCACAAUUGCUACACAAGCUUUAUCUGGAUAUUUAGCAGAGCAUGGGUUCGCCGGAGGUUGGCCUUCAGUCUUCUAUGUACCUGCAAUGAUUGGAAUUUUAUGGCUUAUUGUAUGGACAGUGGUUGUGAAAAGUGAGCCCAAAGAUCAUCCAUGGAUUUCAGACCACGAACUCAAUUAUAUUCAGUCAAACAUUGCCGCAAAUAAUUCAAGAGCUGAUAAUAAGGAUAGGCCUAAACUAUCGGUGCCGUGGCUUAGGAUUUGUACAUCAAAAAAUGGACUCAUAGGAUCACUAGUAUAUAUUGUUUUGACCAUCAGCGGUUUUGUGGCCGACUUUAUAAUCCGUAAAGAUAUAAUGGAUAAGACAUUAUUAAGAAAACUAUUUGAAACAACGGCAACGAUAGGCUCCGGCAUCUGUUUGGCAGCCAUACCACUGGCCGGAUGUAAUGAUACGCUUGCAAUGUUAGCUUGUGGCAUGAUCGCCGGGGGUGAAUCAGCAGUAAUUGCAGAUAUAUCGGGAAAUUUUACGGCUACAGUAUUUGCAAUCGGGAAUACCAUAGCGUUUACGUGUGGUUUUAUAACACCACUAGUGAUCGGGUAUAUACUGGACGCCAGCGAUCAGACCCGACGGCAAUGGAGUUAUAUUUUCUAUAUGUCCGCCGCUUUGAAUAUAUUGGGAGGACUUGUGUUCGCCAUUUUCGGGUCAGCAAAACGACAGGAUUGGGAUAUGGAUGAGGAGAGUGUAACAAAUGAUGAUAAAAUUAUUACAACUAUUUAA